AUGAGCAAAUGGGGUCUUUUAAGAAGUAAAAUAAUAUGGCCAAAAGAAUUUGUUUAUGUGAUUGAAAAUGAAGGUUAUGAAAAUAAAUUUGGUUAUAGUUAUAUUGUAAAAUACAAUGGAAAUAUAGUUCAGAAAAAUUUAAAAAAAAAUUUAAAUCAAAUAAAAAAAUUAUUAAAUAUUACUAAUGAUAUAAGUCAAGAUAUAGAAAAAGAAAAUGAUCAGUAUGAUUCUGAUGAUUUGGAAUACAAUAAAGAUGCAGCUUUAAGUGAAAUAGAAAAAGCAAAUCAAAUAACAUUAAGAUUAAAUGAUAAGAAAGAAUAUAUUGAAGAUCAACUUUCAAAAGUAAAGACAAUUAAUGAAAAAUUUGAUAUAAUAAUAAAAAAUGAACCAAUAUAUAUGUUUCGUCUGGAUUGUCCUUUUCUUAAUGUUGAAAAUAGUAGUUUAACCGAAUAUUUAAAAAAAGAAUACAUUAGAGAAAAUUUAACAAAAAAAAAAAAAAAAAAAAGUAUGCAUGAUAAGAAAAAUGAAGAAAGAGAGUACAAAACAUAUUUAUACAAUAUAAAAAUAAUAGAAAGUGAGGAAACUAUAAUUGAAAAUAGAGAAUUUAUAUAUUGCGAAUCGAAUACUGAAAGUUUAAAAAUAAAUACCAUUAUUAAUGAAGGAAGGAACAUUCAAAAUAUAUUAUAUGAAUAUAAAGAGUCUUGUAAAAAUACCUGUGAUAAUGAAGAAGAUAAAAGAGAAAAUAAAAACGAAGAAGAAAUUUGUUAUGAGAAAUUAAGUAUUUUACCUUAUAGUGAUAUUAUUUUAUUAAAAAAGAAACAUUAUAAUAAAGAAAUUAAUAUAGCUGGAUUUUUAACUCCUUUUAUUUUAAAUGGUAACAUUAAGAAAAUCAUUGAAAAUAUUAAUCAGUAUUUAAUAUAUGCAUUUGAUAGCAAUAUAAUUUAUAAAAAUUUGUCUAAUAUUGUAAGAUUAAUGGCCUAUCUAGAAAGUAACAAUAUAAUACAUGGAAAUAUAAAACCUACUAAUUUGUUCAUUAGUAAUGACGGUUAUAAUAUAUUAAUAGGAACUUUUGUUCCCAAAAUAAAAUUAUUAAACUUUUAUUUUUAUGUUAUACAAAAAAAAAAAAAAAUACCAAAAUAUAUAUCACCAGAACUCCUUUUUUACUUAAAUAAAAAAAUUAAGAUUGUAAAAACAAACAAAAAGAAAAUCAAGCAUAUAGAAAAAUAUUUUAUAAAAAACGACAUUUUUUGUUUAGGGUUAUGCUUUUAUUAUAUUUUAACAAUGAAAGAAGAUAUAAUCAAUUACAUUGAUGCUGAGAAAAUGUUUCAACUUAAAGUAGAAAGCCUUCAAAAUUAUAUAACAAAACCUGAAUUAUUUUUUCUUCUAAAAAAUAUGUUAAUUUAUAAUCAUGAAUAUAGGCCUUCAUGGUCUACUUUAUUAAAUUUUAUUGAUACAAAAAAAAAUGAAGAUGAAAUUAAAUAA